AUGCGUCCCAGUACUGAAGGGGCUACAAAUGAGUCUAUUGAAGGAGUAUCUGACGCCCUUUUAGGUGUGGAUGUUGUUACUCGUGUCAGCUUGUUGCCUUCCAUGGACCAGCUGUCAGUAACGCUAGCAAGUCCUGUCAAGACGCGGGUGUUCGGGCUGCAGACGGACGUGUGGGCGGCACCGAGUAGUGAGGUGUUCCUGCGCUACACACUGCCUGGCUCAAGUCCGCCGCCCGCCGCCCUCACCAUCUGCUAUCGCUACCGCCUCCACCAGUAUCGGGACGGCGUGUACUUCUUCUCAUACGCCACCUCGGACAGCAUGGACAACGCCGUGCUGCUGUACCAGCGUGAGGGCAGCAUGAACAUGUACUACAAUGACGUGGAGGCGUCAGAGGACAUGACGCUGCCGGUGCCGGACACCCUGGGCGCCUGGCACCACCACUGCCACCUCAUCCGCUUCCCGCAGUACAGGCUUUACGUGGACGGGGCGCUGGCCGGGUCUGGCGUCAUGGUGGGUCCCGACGUGCCGCUUCAGCUCAACGGCACCAUCUACAUCGGGCAGGAGCAGGACGCCCUCGCCGGCGGUCUUGACGCCAUGCAGUCCACCAGCGCCCACAUAGCACAGAUGAACGUGUGGGGCGUCCUGCUGCAGGAGGACGUGAUCGCCGCCAUGGCUUCCUGCACCACCAACCCACGCGGCGACAUCUUCUCCACGGACGUGCACGACGUGGAGGUGGUGAACGCCGCGGAGGAGACGAUACAGGUGGCCGCGCUGUGCCGUGAGGAGCUGGGCUUCGUGAUUGUGCCGGAGAAGUGGUCGCUGCGGCGCUCCCUUCACUUCUGCUACACCGCCAACUCUGAGAUGUUCGUGCCGGAGAGUGACGAGCUCAACGCGCGGCUGUUCAACGAGUCCAAGCAAUUCCUGGACAAGUGUAGCGGCAAGAGUUACCGCUACCUGCGCCUCGGGGCGACGGACAGCGCCACUGACGGAGACUGGCGGAGGUUUUCCAGUGGCGCCGCCCUGCGCUACACAGCCUGGUACUCUGGCGAGCCCAACGACGGCAUCAAGUCAGACUGCAUGGUGAUGCGCAAGUCCCAGAGCGGCUGGGGCGACGUGGACUGCAAGGACGAGUACUGCUUCCCCUGCCUCAGGAUGGACAAAUUCCUGCAGAUCCGCGGCCUCUGCUUCUCCAAGGAACACCACACGCGCUUCCUGCUGGACGGCUACGUCAACGGGGCGCCCUUCUUCCGCGGAUACUACGGCCACGCAGUGUUCAUGUCUGAGGGCGGCGAGUGGGUGCUGCGCCACGUGCUCACCAACACCACGCUGGCCACCAUGGUGCACCGCCGCUCCCUCAUCGUGGAGUACCCGCUGGGGCGCCACGAAUGGCAGGCCGAGACUCCCUUCUGCCACAACCUGGCGGGGGACACCAUGGAGCUCAGCCUGUCCUCCUGCGCCACCGCUGACUUCAUGUGUGCUGACGGCUCGUGUGUGCCGCGCGGCGUGCGCUGCAACCUGCUGGAGGACUGUGCUGACGGCAGCGACGAGGACCGCUGUCACCUGCUGGAGCUGAGCGUCGGCUAUCACACUCACCGCCCCCCGCCGGGCGUCACGCCGCAGGACCCGCUGGUCGUCACGCCCACUGUCAACAUCAUCAGGUUCUCGCACGUGGACGACCUCAACCUGGCGCUGCUGAUGGAGCUGGAGGUGGAACUGUCCUGGACGGACCGCAACCUCAAGUUCAAGAACCUGAAGCACAACGCAGAGAACAAACUGUCGGCGGAGGAGGUGAGGCGCGUGUGGCGGCCAGAGACGGAGUUCCUCAACGUGAAUGGCGGCGAGCAGCAGCAGCUGAAGCAGACUGUGUUUGUGCAGCAGACGGGCGAGGCUGACCAGCCGCUCUUCAACGACGUCAUGAUGGACACUGUGUUCCCAGCCACGGCAGGAAAGUUGGUGCAGCGGACCCUGUACUCUGCCAGCUUCUCUUGCAACUACGGCCUCUUCAUGUACCCGUUCGACACCCAGCAGUGCUCAGUGCUGCUCAGGCUGGCCACCGCCACCUCCUCCGUCGUCAAAUUCGAGAACGCCUCCGUGGAAUACCGUGGACUGAGCACUCUCGCCAAGUACACAGUGGGCGCCCUCACCGUCACCAUGGAGACCAGACCAGCUGCCAACGACCGACUCACGGCGACGUUUGAGUUGAAGAGGCGUUACUCCCUCCUGGUGCUGACCAUCUUCCUGCCAACCUUCCUCAUCAUGUGCAUUGGCUACACCACCCUCUUCGUCAGGCUGCAGCUCCUUCAGGUGCGAGCUAUCAUGACCCUCACAACGCUGCUGGUCCUGUACACACUAUUCAGCCAAGUGUCCGCCAAGCUCCCAGACACCGCCUACAUCAAGAUGGUCGACAUGUGGUUCUUUUUCUGCAUCUUCGUCAUCUUUGCCAUCAUCGUCGUGCAUCUCCUGACUGAGUGCCUGCCGCAGGAGUCCCCCAAACCCAAGCCUAGUACUCCACCUCCUCCUCCUCCUCCUCCUCCUCCUGUGCCGCCUCCUGGUUUCAUUGUCUCGCCACGUAAAGGUUUUCUCUCAGCGAAUGUCGUGAAGGUGCAGCCUGUUGGGGGUGUUAUGGAGGGACAGAGGGAAGGAGAGCGCCGCCAAGUGGUGUGUAGAUGGGCGUGGUGGGCGUGGUGGCGCGGCGUGACGGCUCAAGACUUGCUUCACUACUUCCGCGCCUUCGUCAUCCCAGUGGCAGUGAUCAUCUUCAACGCUGUGUACUGGUUGCUUCUCUUCACCUAA